AUGGUGCUCGUUGUAUUCGUCUCGUACUUCGGUGCCACGAGGAAUAAACCCAGAGUACUUGGAAUGGGAGCUGUGAUCAUGGGGUGCGGAUCCUUAACGUGGGCUAUCCCACACUUCACUACUGGUCUGUACGAUUACGAUGCUGCGUACGGGGACGAGGACACUCUCUGUGUGCCCGGUAGAAACACUUCUCGCUUAAGUGACUGUGAGGAUGAUGAUUGGGGAGAUCUGUCAAAUUAUGCCUUUGUUUUUAUAUUCGCCCAAGUACUCCAUGGAAUUGGUGCAUCACCCAUUUAUACCGUUGGAUUUGCAUUUGCUGAUGAGAAUGCGUCACAUAGAAGAUCGGCCUGGUACUUAGCUAUAAUGAGCACAUCUUCUGUUAUUGGACCUUCUGUUGGAUUUCUUGUCGGUUCAUACUUCCUAACAAUCUAUGUAGAUGUACUACACCAAGACGAUUUAACGAUAGAUAAUUCGGAUCCUAGCUGGGUUGGUGCGUGGUGGAUCGGUUUCUUACUGGCAUGGAUCUUAGCAUGGAUGGUAGCUGCUCCGAUAGGUGCUUUUCCUCCCGAAUUGCCAGGAACCAAGCAUAUCCAGCAUAGACGCCAAUCACAGGCACACCACAAUCGUGACGACGUCGAACUCUUAAGGGAAAGUUCAUCUUUCGGAGAAGGGUGGAAAGACUUGUGGCCCGCCACUAAAAUGCUUUUUAAAAACCCAUUUUAUUGUUGCAUCACUAUCUAUAGAUCCGCUUUGACAUUCGUCAUUUUUGGAUUCCUUCCUUUCAUUGUCAAGUUCAUUGAAAAUCAGUUCGGUCUAACAGCGUCCGAAGCUGGUCUGGUUUUAGCUGUGACGUCCAUAUCUGGCGCUUCUGGGGGAACUUUACUGGGUGGCUGGAUCAUAAAAAAAUUCAACUUAAAAGUCAUAGGAACCACACGAUUCUGUUUACUAGCGACGAUCGUGACGAUGUGCCUCUUUCCAAUAUUUCUUUUGCAAUGUCCAGAACAACAAAUAGCUGGGGUGGUUACAUCGUACAACAGUUCAGAUACGAGUGAUAUUGACGAGGUCAACCUUAUCCACCCGUGUAACUAUGUGUGUGGUUGUGCUGGUACUGAAACUUACGAUCCAGUCUGUGGAACCAAUAAUCUGCUAUAUUUUGAUGCGUGCUAUGCUGGUUGCCUGGAUACCCCGGAUGAUGGUGAGACGUAUUACAACUGCAGUUGCAUCUCAUCGAACACGGAAAGUUCCCACACACCAGAAGCCGUAUCCGGGAAGUGCGAAGUCGAAUGCUGGCAACUUCCGGUGUUUACUGUAGGAUUAUUUCUCAUUCUACUAAUGGCAUUCCUUAUACUGACUCCAAGUACAAUUUUGACUAUGAGAUGUGUACCAGAUCAGCAGAGGUCACAUGCCCUGGGCAUAUCUUCCAUCAUAACUCGGUGUCUUGGGGCAGUCCCAGGCCCAAUUUUGAUUGGUGCAGCGAUUGACAGUUCGUGCCUUGUAUGGCAAGAGGUCUGCGGCGAUACCGGGACUUGCUGGAUCUACGAUAACCACACGUUUGGUUUGAAAUUCGUUGUUAUUGGCAUAGUAGUUGCUGGUAUUGCUUUAUUUGUAUGUAUAGUUGCUCUUUUAGUCUAUAAAGCUCCACCCGAUACGCAGAUUGCUGACAACAUCGACUCAACCAGUACAGAACCGGUAUCAACGAUGGCAAAUGAGACAACGGCUGCUAUCAAAAAAGAGACAAGCACCGUAUCACUUCUUGGAUACACACGAAACAAUUUGAAUGAUGAAAUUGAUAUCACCGAUAACAUACCUGGAAAUAGCUUAUAA